AUGGCAUCAAAUUCAAUCAAGAUCUCCCUUAUUUUACUUUUAACCACAUUCAUAUGCACAGAAGCUGAACUCGGCCAACUUAAAGAAACAAGAAUGACAGUCUACUUUCAAGAUUGGUCUGGUGGGCCAAAUGCCACUGUGCUUCAAAUAACAGGUCACCAAAAUGGUCCUCUGAGUUUUGCUAAAUUCGGUUCUGUGUUCGUCACUGAUGAUCCUAUAACAGAAGCGUUUGAUAAGAACUCGGCUGAAAUUGCUAGAGCUCAAGGUAUAUAUGUUACCUCUGCAUUGGAUGGAACUAUUUCUCAUGUGCUAAUAUCAAUCAUCUUCACCAUUGAAGAAUAUAAAGGCAGCACUUUGGAAAUACAAGGCGCUAGUCCUCAGUUUGAGAGAGUAAGAGAAGUGGCUGUGGUUGGUGGUACUGGAAAAUUUAGACUUGCUCGCGGAUAUGCAACUUUUGAGACUAUUCACUUCGAUUUGGCUGUUCAUUACGUCGUUAUUCAGUGUAAUGUUACAGUUUUACAUUAUUGA